UGGCAGCGCUUUUACAAAUGCUUAGCUGUUUAGUAAGUUGUUAAAAUAAACAAUAAUAUAUUAAAAUUGCUUUAAAAAAUACUUUACAUUUUUAAAUUAUUAAAUUAUAAGCUGCUAAAUAAUUGUUAAAAAUAUGUAUGUACAUAUGUACAUACAUAUGUAUGUAUAUUUUCACUCUUCCCAGAACCAUCUUUUACAACAUUUACCAUCUUAAAGUCAUACAAGAUUUCGAUAUAUUUCAAUAGUCUAUACCUUAAAAGCAUCAUGCUGAAAGUUUAAAAAAAAUUUCCAAUAUUUUAAUAGUUCUGAACUUCUAAAAUGUAGUCGCUCAGUUUAAUCAGCUCUAAUAGUUUCUCUUUUUUUCUUUAUCUAAUAAACAUACCUUUAAAAAUUAAAACAAUUGAUAUAGUAGUUUAUUAAGACGCCCAACACUAAUGUUGGCAGCAGUAGGGUCACACGUGAGUUAAAAGCUAGUAUAAAUAUUGUAGAUAUUGUCUAUACUUUAAUAUAUAUAGAUGCAUGUACAUAUGUACGUAUGUACUUCCAUGCUAGUUACAUAUAUGAAUAAUUCAUAAUUCAGAGAGUAAUAACAGAAGAUUUAUAAAGUCUAAUACAUUUAAUUUAGAAACAUGUAUUUGUAUUUAAUUAUUAUUAUUUUUAACUAUAUGCAAAUGCCUGUAGACCUGAAGUUGAUAUGAUUAUUGAUGAGUGUAAUAUCUCAUGCACAUAUAUGUAUAUACAUAAAUUUAUAUUUAAUUACAAAAUUGUACUUUAUAUCAUAGUUUAUCUAUAAACAGGGUAAUACUUUUAAAGUGUACUUUAAUUAUCUAAUCAGCACAAAACUUCAUUACCUCGUUCGUACUGGAACUUUUUCAAUAUUAUACUAGCAAUAGCGCUCAGAGCCGUAAGCAUUUUUAACGCAUAGACAACAAAAUAUAUUGUAAAAUAAUAAUAAAUAUGUCUUUAUAAUAAGAUGUCUGAAAAGUCACUAGAUAUACGUCCACUAACACCAGCACUACAGCAGAAGGCGUUAAAUGAGUUGAAUGAGAAGCCCGAACAUCUAGCCGCGGAUAUCACAGCGCUCCGUGCUUGGUUGCGCAAGCAGCCACAUUUGAAGACGCGACAAAGUGAUCAAUUUAUUUUAAACUUUCUGCGUGGCUGCAAAUUUAGUUUGGAGAAGGCCAAACGCAAACUGGAUCAGUACUAUACUCUACGUUCAAUGUUGCCAGAAUUGAAUCAACACAAUUUCGUCGAUGAUCAACGUUUGCGUGCAAUCAUACGUUUGGGCGUCACGCUUUAUUUACCGCUGCCGUUAAUGGAAGACGGUCCAUGCAUAAUGCUAAUGCGUCCCGGCAAAUGCAAUCCGCACGAAUUCAAUCUAACAGAUUUAUUGCGUGUAAGCUUCCUGUUACAAGAUAUUAGUCUUAUCAGUAAUGACAAUAUGAUUAUUGCUGGUUUUAUGCAAAUCGGCGAUUUUGAGGAUUUCAGCAUGGCGCAUUUAUUACAGUUGAGUCCAUCAUUAAUUAAACGCUUCGGUUUCUACGUCGAGGAGGGUAUGCCGAUGCGUAUUAAAAAUUCACAUUUCUUUAAUACGGGCGUAAUAUUUGAGAAGAUGUUUGCUACAGUCAAGUUAGUGCUGCCAGCAAAGAUGGUCGAAAGGGUUCAAGUGCACAGCACAUUCGAGUCCCUUUGCGAAGCUGUGCCCAUAAAGUAUCUUCCAAAGGAUUACGGUGGUGAAAAUGGUUGCAUUGAGGAAGUUUCUGCAAGAACUGAGCAGUUGAUUUUGGAUUAUCGUGAAUAUUUGCUGGAUGAACAAAAUUAUGGCGUCGACGAAAAGUUGCGCAUAGACGAUGUCUCUAAUGUGGGAACGUCAUUCGGUAUUGAUGGCUCGUUUAGAAAGCUAAAUGUGGAUUGAACAAAAUAUGAAAUAUAAUAAUUUUCGAAUUAGUAUUAAUAUUAUUUUAAACUUAAUGUUUUUUAAUUAGAAAUAAAGUCAAGACAACUUUAGCAAAAAUUAACAUAUUAAGCAUAAAGUGAGUCCAGUCACAAGCAUCGCCCAUAUUACCUAACCUAAUCUAUUAAAGCAGAUAACCGGGAA